GCCCAGCACGACUCCGGCCCCGCGGGCGCCGCGUCCUUUUUCGCCGCCUGCGGGAUUCGCCGACCGCGGUACAUGCAUGUCCACUGGGGGCAGGUUUAAUUUCGACGAUGGAGGGUCGUACUGCGGAGGCUGGGAGGACGGCAAGGCGCACGGCCAUGGCGUCUGCACCGGCCCCAAGGGCCAAGGCGAAUACACCGGCUCGUGGAGCCACGGCUUCGAGGUGCUGGGCGUCUACACCUGGCCGAGCGGCAACACGUAUCAAGGCACCUGGGCGCAGGGCAAGCGCCACGGCAUCGGCCUGGAGAGCAAGGGGAAGUGGGUGUACAAGGGCGAGUGGACACACGGAUUCAAGGGGCGCUACGGGGUGCGGGAGUGCACGGGCAACGGGGCCAAGUACGAAGGCACCUGGAGCAACGGACUGCAGGACGGCUACGGCACGGAGACCUACUCGGAUGGAGGGACGUACCAGGGCCAGUGGGUCGGCGGCAUGCGGCAGGGCUACGGCGUGCGGCAGAGUGUGCCCUACGGCAUGGCGGCGGUCAUCCGCUCGCCCCUGAGGACGUCCAUCAACUCCCUGCGCAGUGAGCACACCAACGGCUCGGCACUGCACCCCGAUGCCUCCGAGGCCGAGCUGGCCGUCAUCGAGGACGACAUCGACGCCACCACCACCGAGACCUACGUGGGCGAGUGGAGGAACGACAAGCGCGCAGGCUUCGGCGUGAGCCAGCGCUCCGACGGGCUCAAGUACGAGGGCGAGUGGGCCUGCAACCGGCGGCACGGCUACGGCUGCAUGACCUUCCCCGACGGCACCAAGGAGGAGGGCAAGUACAAGCAGAACAUCCUCGUGAGCGGCAAGCGCAAGAACCUCAUCCCGCUGCGCGCCAGCAAGGUCCGUGAGAAGGUGGACCGGGCCGUGGAGGCCGCCGAGCGGGCUGCCACCAUCGCCAGGCAGAAGGCCGAGAUCGCGGCCUCCAGGACCUCCCACUCUCGGGCCAAGGCUGAGGCAGCCCUCACAGCAGCUCAGAAAGCUCAGGAGGAAGCUCGGAUCGCCAGGAUCACUGCCAAAGAGUUCUCGCCUUCCUUCCAGCACCGGGAAAAUGGGCUCGAGUACCAGAGGCCGAAGCACCAGGUGUCCUGCGAUGACAUCGAGGUGAUGUCCACCGGGAGCCCCCUACAGCAGGAGAGCCCUGAGCUGUACCGCAAGGGCACCACCCCUUCGGACCUAACCCCUGACGACAGCCCCCUGCAGAGCUUCCCCGCCAGCCCCUCGGCCACACCGCCACCAGCACCCACCUCUAGGAACAAGGUGGCCCACUUCUCCCGGCAGGUCUCUGUGGAUGAGGAGCGGGGUGGGGACAUUCAGAUGCUAGUGGAGGGCCGGGGAGGGGACUAUGCCCGCAACAGCUGGGGCGAAGAGAGGGCCGGUGGUUCCAGGGGCAACAGAGGUGGUGCCCUGCGCAGCAGCCACCCAGCUGAGGACUUCCGCACCCGGAGUUCUGGUCACAAGCUGCCUGGGAAUCCCAAGCCUCGGGAGCGGCGGACGGAGUCCCCCACUGCGUUCUCGUGGACUUCCCACCACAGAGGGGGCAACCCCAGCUCAGGGGGCGCUAGGCUGCCCGAGCCAGAUGAGCAGCCCAGCACCUACAAGCUGGAGAUGAAGCCGCUGCUGAGGAUGGACUCGGGCUCACAGGAGGUGCACCCCCAGAGGCGGCGCCACAGCCGGGGCGCAGGGGCCGACCGGCGUGUGCCUGAGGACCGGGGUUUCGGGCUGCAGAGACUGAGGCCCAAGUCCCAGAGCAAAGAGAACUUCAGGCCGGCCUCCGCAGAGCCCAUGGUGCAGAAGCUGGAGAGCCUGCGGCUGGGGGACCGUGCUGAGCCCCGGCUGCUGCGGUGGGACCUCACCUUCUCGCCACCCCGGAAGUCCCUGCCUGUGGCACUGGAGUCCGAUGAGGAGGCCGGGGACGAGCUCAAGUCCAGCACAGGCUCGGCUCCCAUUCUGGUCGUCAUGGUGAUCCUGCUCAACAUUGGAGUUGCCAUUUUGUUUAUUAACUUUUUCAUCUGAUAUGAUUGUCUGGAUUGCAAAAGUAACGGUGUACAGAAGGCCGUUAAAAGCAAAACAACAAAAAGGGAAUGACCCUAACUUGGACAGCCCCACAACUUCCAAGUCUUUUCACAGAAGAACAACAUGAUUGGGUAUUACUCACAGUUUGCCUUUUUUUCUGGGUAAUGUUUUUUGGAUUUUAGCCAAAAUUCUUUGCUUGUAUAACACUACGCUGUGUGGCAUGGCAGGAGGAGGCCAGCACGCCGACCUUCCAGCUUGAUGUGGAGAAGGAAUCCCGGCAAACCAGCAGCAAAAAGAAUGUUGUUACGGCGUUGCCGUGCUCACACUUCCAGUCGGGGAGGUGGGAGGUGGCGGCCUUGGGACAGCCCAGCUGGCCAGGCGCAGGGAGACGUGCGACGUUCUGGAACAGCUGGUGACACGCUGGGGUGGGAGGCGCAGGAAGCAGGGGUCCCAGCCUAGCCCUUUCUACUUUAAAUCUGUGCUGCACAGUGAAGGGGGGGAAGGGCCAUGCCUCUCUCUCCGCCCCAAGAAACAGACCACGACCCCCACCUCCUCGGCACUGCCCCACACGAGUCUUAAAGCAAAGUCCUUAUUCCUCCCAUCCUCGCUCACUCAUUGUUUGCCCUGUCCAGCCACCCUCCCCCAGACCCAGGGAGGCUGUGCUGCAGACGUCCAGGGGCUGACCGAGGACGGUCUGACACCACACCUGGGCUCUGAGCAUGUGGCAUUUUUGCACUUAGUAUGCAGGAUGUAUAUUCAGGCUUCUGUGUCCCUGGCAGUGACGCCCCAUAUGGGAUGCCACCUCUGGCUGUUACUGACCUCCACGGGUUCUCACAUCUUUUUACUGUGCCUGCCUCAACUUCCCCUACCAGAUAUGCAUAUUCCCUCCAGAUGCCUCAGUGCUACUCCAGAGCGGGUCUAGGCCUGGGACAGGAAAGCCACUGAAGCCCAGUGGCUUGAAAUUCCCAGAAACCGUUGCAUAUCCAGCACCUCCCCAGGCGUGUGAUGUAACUCAGUCCAGUCAGACACAAACAGGUCCCUUCUGUUUCUGCCUCCCUCCUGGGGUGCAUGGGGCCCGUGGCCCCAGCUCUUGCGUGCACAGACCUGCCAGGGGCGGUCCAGGUGAGUCUGCACGCAGGACCCCUGCGCUCCUGCCUGAGGAGGCCCUGGAUGUGACUUCCCAUCAGUCUUCUUGGGUACAGCCCGUCUCAUGGACUCUGCCUUGCUUUGCUUAUGUUUAGCUGUCUCUCUGCUACCUUUCGAGCAGAUUUCUUUACUACACUGCACUGGAUUGCUAUAUUUUUAACCAGAAAUAAACUAAAGAUUAGAGCAUGUUCCAGUUACAUUCAGUUUUAUUGUUUUCCGUUAUCCAUUCACUCCCUGUUCCUUCUCAUGGUUUGGUUUAGGCGACAGAGAGGGAGGGAGGCUCAGGAGAUGAAACAGUACAGUUCUGAUAAUGUUGCUUUUUAAAGGGAUAUUACAUCUUUUUGUACAUCUUACUUUCCGUUCCUCUUUUUUAAUAACAAGUUGGUUGCUGCAGACUUGAAGUGAACCAAAUAAAGAUUCCUGCUCUUUGUAGCCCUAAGAACCAUCAAGUGGGAUAUGUGUUUUGUACGCCUGCGUGAAACUAUAGAGAUCCCAGACCUGUGUACCCCUAAGGUCUGACACACGCGGGUACCAUCUGCUGCAGGUACAGGUGGCCUCAGGUGACGUGCACAGCACAGUGCCGGGAAUGCAUACUCUCCGAAGCACCACCAGUGGCUUCUUGCCCAGGUGACUGAACAGUGUGAGGACGCAGCCAUCUUCCCGACACGGGGAGUGGAGUGGAUCUGCUCAAGACCAAAACACCCGGCUGUGAGGCGCUCCACAAAGCACACGGAGCUGGCUUCCACAUGGGACAGUCAGACAGCAUCCUGCUGCAGCCAGCAGGCAUUUCCGUCUGUCCAGAGCCUGCCUCCCUGCCACAGGACUUGGAAAUCCAUGAUGUGGAGCAAGAGGGCAGCAGCAGGUAAGGCGGGGUGGCUCCUAGGCUCAGAGCAGCUGACCAGUUCUAACAGACCAGAGCAGCCGCAUCCGGACCACUUCCUGCCCUCACCAACUGUUUUCAUGCUCCAGAUGUGAAAACCAGAAGCAGAGAGAAAUUCAGUGACUGUGCCAAGAUCCCACCCAGGCCCCAUGGGGUGGGGACCAGCUCACUUCCCAGAAAUCUGCCGUGAAGAGGCAGGAGAGGCACUCUGGGCCAGCAGCUUGGCUGUGUCCCUUACCAAAAGUCAGAGUCCCCGCAUCUGGGGUUUCCUUGUGCCUUCUGGAGUUGUCAAUGCAGACAAUGUGCUUGGACAACUUUAGGCAACUGAAAAAUAUAUAUGCAUUCUUUUGCAUUCCAAAUUCAUUAGCAGAGUGGACUCUCAAAGACACAGAUCAGGCAGGUACCAGAGCCCAAAAUAAUUGAUAAGGAAGAUUUUGAUAUAGAAACUGCCACUAUGCAACACAGACCGCCGCAGGGAAGGAGGCUCAGAGACAGACCUUCUGGCCAGCUAUCCCCCAGUCAAAGUUAGCUGUCAGGAAGCCUCUUCUCUCCUAACUCCAUGUGCGAGGUGGAAGGGGCUCUUCCUCACGGGCACUGAGCAGGGCCACGGUUGUUCUCCUGGCCUGGCCUCCCUCAGGCCCUGUGGGUUCCCAGGGUGCAGCGGGACAGCCGUGCGUCCUGGCUUCAGCCCUGUGUCAGGCACACGGCCACCCCACAUAAAGAUGGAGCUCCUGCGGAAGCCCCUGGGUGCUGAACCCCGAGCCCGAGUGCUGCGGGUGCCAGAUGAGUACUUGGGGGAUACACAAAACAUGUUUCUUUUUUGAGGGUACGUUGUUCUUUUUUGCUGUCCUUUAAAGAUUUCCAAACAGCUGAUCAGCACAGGUCCUCCUCCAGGUGCGACCAUUUCCACUUGGACCUGCAGCUGGCCGCCCACAGCCACCUCCCAGAUGCUGAGAGCGCUGCAGCCCGACGGGGACCAGGCCAGGGUCACACAUCCAGGGCCAACGAUCUGCCCCAAGGCUUCCCAUGGAUGGCUGCAUGUUCCCCUUCAUAUGUGCAACCAAACACUGCUCAAGCCAACUGAAGGGUGACGUUCCCUUCUGCAGUAAGCUUGGCUUCACAGAGUCUUCACAGGUCUCGUCCAACUUGGCUUGCCUUUGGUUUUAGAAAUUCAGCAUAAAGGUGCCUACUAGAAUUUAAAACAUCUCUCUGCACAGCUCCACGACAGGACAGCUGAUGAAGUCUCUGUGCCCCAGGACACGGAGUGAACACGGCAAGUCGUGCCAUUCAGGGGUCUCACUGUCGCCCAGGACAGGACUGCACCUUCUGCCAGAAGGAGGAAGGCUGGCCCUGGCCAGCGCGGGGGUCUACUCAGGUUCCUUCUCUGGUCCAGGCCUGGCUGCUACAGGCAAUGCAGUCAGUCAGCAAAGACAGAAAACAAUCUGUCCCCAAGUGCCAUGAAGUGUUGUUCACUCAGCCUUAAAGAAUAAAACAGCUAAGCUGCAUCUUCCCAGUGCAGCCCUACGCCUGAAGGUGUGAGGGCCUUGGGAACAGGGCGGAGUGCAGAAGCAGGCAGUCCAGGCCUGCAGGCUGACACCUGCAGCCCUUCCAGCUAAAGCGGCUUCGGGACACGGGCACCUGCGCUGAUGCAGGCAGGAAACCUGUGUGGCCGCCACCUGGUGCUGAGCAGGACUGCACGAGAGCACCCCAGAGUAUGGCUGUCUCCCCACAAAUGCUGGUUCCGGAGUUCGUGCACUCGUGAAAUCCAACGUGGAAGGCUGAGAGGAGUGGGCAACAUCUUGUUCCCGCCUCUUCCUGACCCGAGGGGCAGCCAGCCCUGCCGCAGUGGGGCUGAACUGGCUGUACGCCCAGUGAGUUGGGGCCCAGGCACGGCAGAGCAGGCACAGCAGCAAGCAGCAGCCUGUACACCUACCUCAUCCUGGCCCAGCCCAAGGCAGACUGCCCUCACACAGGCGCUCAAGCCCAGUGUCCUGUGUGCGUGCCCGACUACUGUCUCCUGCUGCAUGGGGCCUCAGGUCUCCAGCUCUGCUUCCCUGGCUUGGUGACAGCUGCAGCCCAGACUGGGGCAUCUUCCUCACCCCCUGGGGCUGAGUGGGUAUCCUGCUGGUGGCACCCGCUGGCACAGCACACUACCCAUCCUGACUCUGCCUGGCUGUGGCAGUCAUGCCAGCACCCAGGCUGCUGCUCAGAGCAGCCAGUGUCUGUCCUUGGUGUUCCCCAAGGCUGGCUGCAGGGCACCCUGUGCAGACAAAUGCCGUCUGUGGGUGCUGUGAGCAUCUCACCACUACUGAGCUCAUGCCCAGGCUUCACUCCCUUUUCCCCAUGUCUUUUUGUUUGAGACAAGGUCUCACUGUGUAGCCCAGGCUGGCCUCAAACUCAUAAUGAUCUUC